UUAACCCGCUAUGGCGCUAUCUCUCUCAAAAUCUUCUGCCAUUACUGGCUUUGUUUUAGUGCCAUAAUUAAUUAAUAUCGUUAUCAACUUUAGUAAUCAGUAGUAUUCUUGAUGACUUGCUUCCCUUUUCAGUUUUCUCAUCACAAAACCCUAAAACCACAAAUUUAGCUGUAGCUCGACCGUCUUCAACUUUUCCAGAAGCGGGCUUCGUGAUUUUACGAUUCGACCUUUUUCUUGGAUGCUAUUUAUGUCAAAGUUGAGCCCUGAUCUAUAGAAAAAAUGUCAAGGCCAGUGCUGCUUGUUUGCGUGCUGCUUAUAUUGAUUAUCACGUCUCAAUUUGAAUGGAGGCAACAACUAGUGAGCGAUGUCGAUGCAAUUGCAACCCCGAGGGAAUCUCAGAAGCAACAGAGGAUACAGCAACGAGAAGAAAGUAUCAAAGAGAAGAUUAUUCUGUCCCAAGAGAAGAAUAUCCAAAGCCUGAAUGAGCUUGUUCGUAGUCUUAAAGAACAGCUGAGACAGUGUCGUGGUAACAAUGAAACAUCUAACGGCGCUUUCAGCUCGUAGAUGACAAUGUUUUGACUUUGAGCUUCAGCUGACUUUUCAUGGAAGAUUAGCUGCUGCUGCUACAAGCCUGAAUCUUCUCGUUCCGAUAUUCCACCAUUGUUCUUCUUUAGCUAUAUUUUUCUUUUUUGUAAUAAUUAAAUGUAAAGCCCUAAUUACUUGUGCUAGCUCUUUAUAUUUAUAGCUCUGUAAGUAUAGUUACAUUGUUUCUUACACUUGUGCACCAAUUUUACUUGGUCUGUAUUUACUAUUUUUAUUAUAAUCCUUUGGCAUUAUGGGACU